CUGGCGCUCGGCGCGCUCUUCGUGGGCGCGCCCGCCGCGCGAGGCCCGCGGGGCCGGGCCACCGCGCGCCGCGUGGGCACGGACUACCUGCUGCGCAACGGCCCCAAGGACGCCGACGGCCCGCCCGUGACCCAGAAGUCCCGCUACCCGGGCGACCCGCAGGGUCAGGCCUUUGUUGCCGGCGUGCAGCCUGGCUGGUCCGUGAAGACGGUGAACGGUCAGGACGUCACCAGCGUCCCCUUUGGAGCCAUCAUGGAGAUGCUGGACGACGAGGUCCUGGACCCCGUCGCGGCGCUCUCCCUGAAUGUGAAGGGAGAUGCCUCUCAGAGUAGCGGGUCCUCAGACAUGGCUGGCGCGGGCAUGACAGACUUCGGUGUUUCCAAGGCGGAGGUCCCGAUCACGGUCGAGUACUCGUCUCGUUGA